CGCUUCUUUGUUUUUUCUCCUGGCUAUUCCCUGGGUUUAAUUACUUGUUUCUGUUCAUGAGUUCCACCAGGGUAUCUAGGAGAUGACCACGAAUUCGAGGCAGUAUGGCCGGCGCUCGCUGUUACUGCUUCCGCUGUGGUGUAUUGCUUCCUUAGUCGAGGCACAGAGCGUCGCCGGCCUGCUUACACAAGUACCUAAUUGCGCACUUCCAUGCAUCACACAAGGUCUACAAGAUGGCAACUGCAGCUUGACAUCGGUUGCGACCGUGACUGAAUGUUUCUGUUCCAAUAUCAAAUUACAGUCGGAUCUAUCGACAUGUGUGCAACUCAAGUGUCAUCUCGAAGACCAAGCUCGCGCCGCAAAGCUCGAGACAAAUCUUUGCGAUGCGUAUCCCAAGGAGUCUAGAAGUAACGAAGUCAAGACCAUCGCCAUCGUCCUAUCAGUCAUCACGUUUCCCGUCGUUGCGCUGCGGUGCAUAUCGCGAUGGAAGACCACCAAUAGACUAUGGUGGGACGAUUGGACGGCAAUCUUUACAACAAUUUUACUAGCCGGCUUGGCUGGUAUCGAAAUCGCGAGUGCCGACCUAGGAUUCGGAACACACUACUGGAACAUCGAUCUCGACGCCGGGACGAAGCUACUCAAGAUUUUCUACGCCGUUCAGCAACUCUACAUCUUGAUCCAGGUCUUCGCCAAGAUCUCGAUUCUGUUGUUCUUCUCCCGAAUCUUCCCCGCAAAGUGGUUCCAGCUCACCGUCCGCUACUUCAUCAUGUUUUUGCUGCUCCACGGCCUGAUCUUCCUCCUGGUCAUCGUCUUCCAGUGUACGCCAGUUUCUUCAGUUUGGGAUAGAAGCAACCCGAACCGGACAUGCCUCAACGUUACUGCCAUUGGAUACGCCGGAGCAGUCUUCAGUAUUGUGGAGGAUGUGGUGAUUUUGGUUCUGCCUAUUCCUGAGUUGGUCAAAUUGCAGCUCAACAUCAGGAAGAAAAUUGCACUAGGCUUCAUGUUCAGCCUUGGCUCAUUCGCCUGCAUUACGACCAUGGUCCGUUUGAAGUACCUCGUCAUGUUCUCGAGCACUUUCGACGCCACUUGGGACAACGUCGACAUUGUAAUCUGGUCCAUUAUCGAGGAAUUCUGCGCCAUCCUCUGCGCAAGUCUUCCAGCAUUGCGGCCCUUACUCCAGAAGGUCCCGCAACUCUUCUCUAGCAACAAGACCAACACCAAAAACGUCAGCUUGGGGACGGUAAACUCGAGACGCUCGAUGCUCAACAUCGGCAAAGACAAGUUUCACGAAAUACCCGAGACACCAUCGAUGGCAUCAGAAAUGCCGCCCACGCCAAUCGACCUUGCGGACGAGAUGGCAGCAAGGGCUGACGGGAAACGUCAGGUUCUGAUCACCAAGGAUGUCAAGGUCAACGUAGCCAAUUUCGAGCUGCAAAAUGUAAAGUCUAGCAAGAGGUGGCAGAAGAACGAAAAUGGGAGGUUCUAAUUCGCCAAGUAGGCAGACAGCAGGAGCGAGAGUUGAGCACAUCCAGCGUUAUGGAUAAACUUUUGUGUAUUACAUUGGCGUUAAAGCGACGGCGAACUUGGAAAAUUGAUUUGAGAGCGGCGGAAUACCAAUAUUCAGAAUACCGUUAUGUUUCAGCAAGGGUAUAGAACACGAUCAAACUUGGGAUGUGUGUACAAUGGAACGAGUAAUGAGCAGAUCAGCCGUCGCGCGCUUUGUCCAGUUCCUGCGUCUCUCGUGCCUCCGCCUCCUCCUCUGCAACCAGGUUCCAGUCCUCAUCCAACUGCCGACGAUAUUCUGCCGCUGCCAAGCCAGUGGUGACCACCAGAUCGAGGUCGAGAUCUACGAGAGCGGCAUGCAGCUCGAACCCGGGUCCCCACCCGGCCUUGCCCAUGGUGUUUGUAU